UAAAAUGCGCCGUUCGUUACACUUCGGCAGAGCGGGCGGUUCUUAAAGGGCCAGAGACCUGGGGCCACCAGCAGCCCCCCCGCGCUCACCUUGCCCAGCACUGUUGGGAACCGGGGGAGGGUUUCCUCUCCCCGGGAGCGUAGAAUAAAACAAAGAAGCAACCGGAAACAGCCGCAGCAACUGUAGGGGUCGCGGGCGUACGGCCCAGAACGGGCGCACACGAACAAAAAAAGAACACCCAUAAAAAACCGGGAGGGGGGGAGUAUUAAACUGCAAUUGCACCCAGAGAAGCGGAGCAGGUCCUGAAAGAACUGGUGUGCUGUUGUGUUUGGAGCCUGAGAUCCAGCGUCCCCUUUUGCCUUGCCAGCAUCCCCAAUGCGACCAUGGGAACUGGCAGUGAAUAGGCGGCCUCCUUCUGUCCCCUUUGACCAGCGACGAUUCUCGGGGGGAAUCUGUGGCAGUCCAGCACACCUCAGGAGAAGCCCUCCUUCCUGGCACCACUGGGGCCGACGUGAGCGACCUCUACAGACUCUCCUAGCCCAGGAUGAGAACUACUUGCACCCGGCUUUUUUCCAGCAGCAGCAGCCACAGCCACACGUCCCUGUAGAUGAGCACCCGGCGUAUGUUCUGGCCAAUACGCCACCACGAAUGCUUCACCCGGCCACACACCCACCCCACCAGCAUCCAUUCAUGGUGGAUCUCCAUGAGCAGGUGCAUCAGGGAGCCGUCCCUCUCUCCUACACGGUGACCACAGUAACAACACAAGGUUUCCCCAUUCACACUGGCCAGCACAUCCCAGGUUGCAGUACGCAGCAGCUCCCAGCAUGCUCGGUGAUGUUCAGCGGACAGCACUACCCACUCUGCUGCCUCCCACCCCCCUUGAUCCAGGCCUGUGCUAUGCAGCAGCUGCCUGUCUCCUACCAAACGUUCCCACCACUCAUUUCCAGCGACCAUUACAUUCUGCACCCUCCACCGCCUGUGCCACCACACCAGCCUCCACACAUGGCUCCCCUCAGCCAGUUUGUCCCACUCCAGCCCCAGCAUCCUCGUAUGCCACUGCAAAGGAUAGAAAACGAGGUGGAGCUUCGGGGUGAACAGCACUCCAUCGGAGGCUUCUCCUAUUCCCCUUCCCACCACACUCCGGCACUGUCUCCCUCUGUGCCGCUGCACUACCUUCCUCACACCCAUGACCCACUGCACCAGGAAUUGCCCUUUGGCGUGCCAUAUCCACACAUGAUGCCCCGGCGACUGAACACGCAGCGGUACAGAUUGCAGCAGCCACUGCCCCCCCCACCGCCUCCCCCGCCGCCCUACUACCCGAGCUUCCUGCCCUACUUCCUUUCAAUGCUUCCUGUGUCACCAACCGCGGUGGGGCCUACAAUAAGUUUGGACUUGGAUGUGGACGAUGUAGAGAUGGAAAACUAUGAGGCAUUACUGAACCUGGCUGAGAGGCUAGGAGAGGCCAAGCCAAGGGGACUCACCAAAGCAGACAUUGAGCACCUUCCAUCCUACCGUUUCAACCCAGAGAGCCAUCAGUCGGAGCAAACCUUGUGUGUCGUGUGCUUCAGUGACUUCGAAGUAAGGCAGCUGCUGCGAGUUCUGCCCUGCAACCAUGAGUUCCACGCUAAGUGCAUCGACAAAUGGUUAAAGGCAAACCGCACGUGCCCAAUCUGCCGGGCAGAUGCCUCAGAAGUGCAUCGGGAGGCCGAGUGAGGCUCGUCGACACACUGCUGCACAAAUUCACUCCAGGAUACGGACCUUGGACCAGAGGCUUGGGCCAGCCUGCGUGCUCGGCCUCUGGGGCCUCUCCUGGGAUGUGGUGAGAAUAUAAGCAAUGUAUGACACCCCCUCCCCUUCACCCCGUGGCAUGGACUGGGCCUGGUGGCAGAGCCGGCUCCGCAGUGUCACGCUUUGUAGGGGGAGGCAUCCCCGUGUGCUCCGCACUCCAAAGACUCUCCAUCCUUGCGCCAUUUAAUCUCCAGGUGUUUUGCAUUCCUUUUGGAUUUGGGGUUUCCUUUCCUCCGUUUUUGGUCUUUGGUUUUGUGGCUGUCUGACCCAGAUUUUAGUCUGAAUGCUUCCCCUUCUGGUGGCACCAGCCGGGACCCCUGGAAGCAGAGCCGGCCCCGAGCCAGGAUAGGGGAGGAAGUACCUGUUUGCAUCCUGCUGGCCCAGAGCACAGUGUUGCACAGCAGGCAGCAGCAGGGGGAUUGGUUGGUUGCGACACUGUGAUGUGAGCAGCUCGAGGCCUUCCCAGACCGCCGCAGCUGCCCCCUUGCAGAUUUUGGCCCAGUGCUGCUUUCUGUUUUUUCCUACAUGCACACACACAUGCGCGCGCACACAGACCCCGUUAUUGCCCCUCCAGCUUCUCAGGUCCCCCCUGCAUGCCUGAGAUGUUGGGUAUAGUUCAGGGCUGCCCUCACAACUCGCAGGGGGAUGGAGGAGCAAAACAGGCCUGAACAAGGUCCAGCAAUAUCCCACACCCCUCUCUGCCAUUGUUGUGAGUUAGUGAUGGAGCGGGGAGGCUCCCAUUUUUCUCCUCCAGAGGGGGAAGGAGCGUUCCAGUGAGAAUCCCUUUGGUAAAGCAGCUGGCUCUGUUUGCUACCUACCCAGUGGACAUGGAGCCUGUCUUUCUGAGGCCUGCCUUUGGAGACUGAGAAUCCUGUUCGAACCAGUGCUUCUGCCUCGUGCCCUCCCUUCACUGCUGCCCAGUCCGAGGGGCUCUCCCUCCCUUCUCAGCACCAGUCUCCAUGCCGCUUACCCAGAAUCAAGUUCUUGCCACUGGUCUGAAAAUAUUCCUGGGAAGAUGCAGCUGCGUUGCCUGUGUGUUCUUUCCCUGUUUUCUCCUGCAGAGGAAAGUGACAUGCUCAGCAGACUGUAGGAGGAGCCUCCAACCCUCCAAUUGUGACUAAAUCCCACCCACUCACUGACCUCCAGCUAAGCCCCUGAAAGCUGUUGGGCAGCUGGGAGGCUCUCAGCAGCAGGAUUCUGGGCAGAGAGCAGAUGGGGAAUUAUUUAGUAAUCUGCUUGUUGUCUAUCCUUGCACUAGCUGUUGUGGAGAAAGCCCAUCUGGCAAUCACUCCUCCCUCCAUGGUUCUGGAUGCUAGGUUGCAUCUGCUUUUCUUUCAGAUAGGACCUGGCAAGCAUUUUCAUUCCCUCCCUUCCCAUCAUGGUUUUUGGCCUACUCCGGCCAGCACACCCCGGAGAGUUUUUCUGCAUGGCCUGAUGCUUGUGCUCUGGGUCAGGUGCCAUGGGUGUGUGUUGCCGUGACAAAGCAUACACUCAGUGGUGUGCCUUCCUGUGUUUAUAUAUAUAUAUACAUACAUACAUACAUACAUACAUACAUACAUACAUACAUACGUACACACACACACACACACACACACACACACACACACACACACACACUCCUACCUAAAACACCUGCUGAUUUGAAGCAAGAAAGCAACCAACCUGCCACCCUGUUACAGAAACCUGUUAACUUUGGAGAGGAAAAAAAGUUGUUUUGCAUGAUUAUACCGUGGAGCAAGAGAGAAGCCCUCGCUGUGUAGUGGGUUUGUGUUCUGAAGCCUGGCAGAAGACUCGGAGAGGAUGACAAAACCUAAUGUAAAUGUUCACAAAUUAUGCAUGCAUGUUAUGACCAGCUUGGAACUUGGUAUUGGCUAACUCUCUAGCCAGCUGUGGGGUGAUGGGGGGUGGGGAAGAGGGAGUUCUUUGUGCUCAGCUGAUUACUGCCAUGCACUGUACUGCACAUGUCCGCAACGCCUCACAAGGACCGUUAACGCUUUUCAGGGCAUUUCUCUCUCCCCGCCCCCAAGGGGGAAAAAAGAGGUUGGUUUGAAACCUGCUGGGCCAGGAGGAGGCAGUGUGGUCCAGUUGAACUUCAUCUGAGGCUAGGGUUGCAAGGGUCAGCAUAGGCCAGGACUCCUGUGCUGCUAAGAGCUGCCUUGAAAGGGGGGGGUUGGGGCAGGUGCAGCUUCUCUUUCAUGGUGCUGCAGAGGUGGGAGAAGUGGCACCUUCUUACACAUUCGCUUUUUCUUUUUCCCUUUCUCUGCUGCUAUUAACAGUAUGGGAACCUGGUUGGGCAGUAACUCUUCAGGGCAUGUCUGGUAGUGCUGCUCUCUGUCAAAUUGCUCAACCAACCACAAGGUGGCGCUCUCCUUUCCUGCAUCUGUGUGCUGUCCAUCCUCUUUUCCUCCCCCCCCGCCCCCACCCCCGAUUCCUACUCCAUCUGGCUUUAGGUCUGUUUUCUCUUCCCCUUAAAGAUGGGUGGCAGCGGAUGCCAGCACACGAGAGCAUGGUUGCUAGAAAAGCCUGAGCCUGGCCUGUGGUCUCUUUCUGCUUACGCUCGAGCUAUUCCCAAGGUCUUCCAGAGAGACCAGGUACCUUCCUCCUCUACCUAAGUGCUCUAGUGCAGGGAUUCUCAAGGUUGGGUCCCCAGAUGUUAUUGGACUUCAACUCCCAUAAUCCCCAGCCCCAGUGGCCUU